UCGCUCAGGACUGCGCAGCUGCACAAGGAGAGUGGUCCCCGUAGCCCCUAAAGCGCCCCUUCUCAAAGCGGAUUUUAGGAGUGGCCAAGGCUAUCCUUUGAGGUCAGAAUAUAUAGGGGGGCCGUGUUUUUUCCAGGGGGCCAUCUAGUCUUGCGCCGUGUCUGGCCGUUACCACAGCUUGCAGGACCUGUGUCCCAACGCGGGAAAGACAGCCCGAGUCCCGCCCCUCCGGGCCUGGGUCGGCGCGCCCCGCCUGCCGGCCGCGCUGCUGCUGCUCCUCCUGCUGUGGGACCGCUGACCGCGCUGCUGCUCCGCUCUCCCCACUGCAAGCGCCGACCUGGGCACCCUCCACCAGCAUGGACGCUCGCCGCGUGCCGCAGAAAGAUCUCAGAGUAAAGAAGAACUUAAAGAAAUUCAGAUAUGUGAAGUUGAUUUCCAUGGAAACCUCGUCAUCCUCUGAUGACAGUUGUGACAGCUUUGCUUCUGAUAAUUUUGCAAACACGAAACCUAAAUUCAGGUCAGAUAUCAGUGAAGAACUGGCAAAUGUUUUUUAUGAGGACUCUGAUAAUGAAUCUUUCUGCGGCUUUUCAGAAAGUGAGGUGCAAGAUGUAUUAGACCAUUGUGGAUUUUUACAGAAACCAAGGCCAGAUGUCACUAACGAACUGGCCAGUAUUUUUCAUGCCGACUCUGACGAUGAAUCAUUUUGCGGUUUCUCAGAGAGUGAGAUACAAGAUGGAAUGAGGCUGCAGUCAGUUCGGGAAGGCUGUAGGACCCGCAGCCAGUGCAGGCACUCUGGACCUCUCAGGGUGGCGAUGAAGUUUCCAGCGCGAAGUACCAGGGGAGCAACCAACAAAAAUGCAGAGUGCCCCCAGCCCUCAGAGAAUUCUGUGACUGAUUCCGACUCCGAUUCAGAAGAUGAAAGUGGCCUGAAUUUUUUGGAGAAAAGGGCUUUAAAUAUAAAGCAAAACAAAGCAAUGCUUGCAAAACUCAUGUCUGAAUUAGAAAGCUUCCCUGGCUCGUUCCGUGGAAGACAUCCGCUCCCAGGCUCCAACUCACAAUCCAGGAGACCGCGAAGGCGUACAUUCCCGGGUGUUGCUUCCAGGAGAAACCCUGAACGGAGAGCUCGUCCUCUUACCAGGUCAAGGUCCCGGAUCCUCGGGUCCCUUGACGCUCUACCCAUGGAGGAGGAGGAGGAAGAGGAUAAGUACAUGUUGGUGAGAAAGAGGAAGACCAUGAACGGCUACAUGAAUGAAGAUGACCUGCCCAGAAGUCGUCGCUCCAGAUCAUCCAUGACCCUUCCGCAUAUAAUUCGCCCAGUGGAAGAAAUUUCAGAGGAAGAGUUGGAGAACAUCUGCAGCAAUUCUCGAGAGAAGAUAUAUAACAGUUCACUGGGCUCUACUUGUCAUCAAUGCCGUCAGAAGACUAUUGAUACCAAAACAAACUGCAGAAACCCAGACUGCUGGGGCGUUCGAGGCCAGUUCUGUGGCCCCUGCCUUCGAAACCGUUAUGGGGAAGAGGUCAGGGAUGCUCUGCUGGAUCCGAACUGGCAUUGCCCGCCUUGUCGAGGAAUCUGCAACUGCAGUUUCUGCCGGCAGCGAGAUGGACGGUGUGCGACUGGGGUCCUUGUGUAUUUAGCCAAAUAUCAUGGUUUUGGGAAUGUGCAUGCCUACUUGAAAAGCCUGAAACAGGAAUUUGAAAUGCAAGCAUAAUAUCUGGAAAAUUUGCUGCCUGCCUUCUACUUCUCAAAUCUUUCUUGUAAAAGUUUCCAAUUUUUUCACUGAAACCUGAGUUAAAAAUCUUGAUGAUCAGCCUGUUUCAUAAGAAACUCCAAUCAAAUUAAUCUUAGCAGACAUGUGUUUCUGGAGCAUCACGGAAGGUAUAUUGCAAGUUACACUUUGCCCUCCUGCAGUUUCUUCUCUGCUCCCAACCCCCAUCUCAUAGCAUCCCCCUCUAUUUCCAAUGCUCCUCUCCAACCGCUUAGUUUCUGAAUUUCUUUUAAAUUACAGUUCUAUGAAAGCAUAUUUUAUUUACUUGGUGUUGAAAUAGCCCUCAUAAAACCUAAGCACUUGGAAACACAGUAAUAGUGUUAACUAACUAGAUCUAUUGAAUUUCAGAGAAGAGCCUUCUAACUUGUUUACACAAAAACGAGUAUGAUUUAGCAUUCAUACUAGUUGAAAUUUUUAGUAGAAUCAAGGCACAAAAGUCUUAAAACCAUGUGGAAAAAUUAGGUAAUUAUUGCAGAUUGAUGCCUCUCAAUCCCAUGUAUUGCGCUUAUGUUACAAGUUGUUGUCACAGUUGAGACUUAAUUUCUCCUAAUUUCUUCUGCCCGAAGGGUAAGUGGUGCAUCCAGCUUACACAAUCAUGAUUCAAAGGUUGGUGGGCAAUGCAAUACUUAAAAUAAUGAUGGAAGAGCUAUCUGGAAAUUAUGAGUAGGCUGAUUGGAAUUUUCAGUAUAAAACUUUAGUAUAAUUGUAGUUUGCAAAGUUUAUUUCAGUUCACAUGUAAGGUAUUGCAAAUAAAUUCUUGGACAAUUUUGUACGGAAACUUGAUAUUAAAAACUAGUCUGUGGUUCUUUGCAGUUUCUUGUAAAUUUAUAAACCAGACACAAGGUUCAAGUUUAGAUUUUAAGCACUUUUAUAACAAUGAUAAGUGCCUUUUUGGAGAUGUAACUUUUAGCAGUUUAUUAACCUGACAUCUCUGCCAAUCUAGUUUCUGGGCAGGUUUACUGUGUCAGUAUUCCCCCUCCUCUUUGCAUUAAUCAAGUUAUUUGGUAGAGGUGGAAUCUAAGUGUUUGUAUGUCCAAUUUACUUGCAUGUGUAAACCAUUGCUGUGCCAUUCAAUGUUUGAUGCAUAAUUGGACCUCGAAUCGAUAAGUGUAAAUACAGCUUUUGAUCUGUAAUGCUUUUAUACAAAAGUUUAUUUUAAUAAUAAAAUGUUUGUUCUAACUUCUCUACUUUUUUAAAAAUAAUCUUACUGUACUUAAUUCUAAUUUUUUCCUCAUAUUUAAAUAAAAGGCCAUUUCCACCUUUUCUAAAAAA